CGACACUACAUCGCUUUUAGGGGAGAUAUUAUCUUCGUCGUCAUCCAAAUCGCACCACACAAGUAGCUCUCACUAUACUGCCCAGCCCCUCCUCAGUCACCUAUAAAGAUAGCCUGUAGCUUCUUCACUCCCUGUGCCACUGACUCACUACGGUUCUGAAGCCAAAAAGAUCUGAGAAAUAAAGCAAAGAAUCUGUCCAAUGGCAGAGGGCAAAGACUCCGGCGAUCUUUUCUCCAGCAGCAAGCUAGUCGCGGACGCCGCUGCGUCCGUGUUCCAGCAUAAGAACACAGACAACAUCGACAAAAAGGAGGUCGCCGGAGCGGCUGCAGAUAUCCUGCACGCGGCGUCCUCUUACGGCAAGUUGGAGGACAAGCCGGCCGGGCAGUACAUCGAAAAGGCCGAGGGGUACCUGAAGAAGUUCAGCUCAGGCCCGGCCGAUGGCGUUGAUGAGAAGCCUGCAGGAGACUCCCCGGUCCCUGCUCCCGCGGACGACGCGCCCAAGCAUGCUGAGCCGGCGGAGGCGCCCAAGGAACUGGAGCCUGUGCCUGCCGCGGAGGAAGGCAAGUCGGAGGGGUUCGGACUGGACGACCUCGUGAAGGGCGCUGAGAAGCUGGUGGAGAAGGAUGGCGGCGAAGUGGAGAGCGCCGGCAGCGGCGCCGGUGGGCUGUUUAAGAUGGCCCAGGGGUUCCUAAAGUAGAGCUCACAUGCAUGCACCGUACUGCUUUCAGCUAUCGUAAUCUGCCUGCUUAUCUUUGGUGUGUUUGCUAUGUAAUUAACUGCUAAUAAAACCACGUUUUCUCCAUCCAGUCGGUGUGGUCAAUGGAGAAAUCGUUAUUGUCUGGUACAUGUUGGCAAUUUUUGUAGAUUUGUCAUGCAACUUGAAAAAGAUGCUGGUACUUUUAAGUUGGUUA